AUGUCAAAGCUGAUUCCCGGAGAAAUGUUAUACCUGUACUUAGCAGUGUUCGACACAACAGGGAGUUCAGCCUUAAUCAGGACAGAUAAUGCCAUCGAGCUCCCGGUGUAUUAUGUGGGAAAGGGUUUCACCUUGGCAGAAAGUAGGUACCCGAACAUCGAGAAGAUGGCUCUGGCGCUCAUCGUGACGGCUCGGAAGCUAAGACAUUACUUCCAAGCACAUUUCAUCACCUUAUUCACUAAUUGCCCGCUCCGGCAGAGUAAUCAGAUUGAGGUGAAGAAGGCCCCUCUGGAGGCAGAGCCAAGUUGGAAGCUGUAUGUGGAUGGCUCUGUAACCAAAGCCAAGAGCGGAGAGGGAAUAAUAUUAGUCAGCCCGGAUGGGUUCAAGUACAAGUACGCCCUAGAAUUCAAGUUUGCCACAUCCAACAAUGCAGCUGAAUACAAAGUGUUGAUCGGGGGACUACAGUUGCCACAAGAAAUAAGAGUAAGGAGAGUACAGGUAUUUAGUGACUCGCAGCUGGUGGUGAACCAGGUCAGCGGGACCUUUGAGGCCAACGAGCCACAUCUAAAUUCCUAUCAGACAUUGGCAAAGGCUCUCUUGCACAGGUUUGAAUCAGCAACGGUCACCCAAGUACCCAGGAAGGAGAACAGUAAUGCUGAUGCUUUGGCAAGACUAGCCACCGGCACCCGUCAGAAAGGGCGCAAGAAGGUCAAGAUCGAGAUCCUAGAUCGGCCUAGCAUUACAAAGACGAUCUCGGAGAUAUUUGCCAUCUCCAUUGGCCCCAGGGAGCCCACGUGGAUGGACCCAAUUAUUGAGUUCAUAAAGGAAGGAGCCCGCCCGAAGAACAGGCGACAGGUGAGGAAGUUGCAGUCGCGGUGUGCCAGAUACACCCUGAUAAACAACAAGUUAUACCGCAGGGGUUAUUGCUUCCCCAACCUUAAAUGUGUGUCCAUAGAGGAAGGUGAGACCAUUCUCCGGGAUAUCCAUGAAGGAGUCUGCGACAAUCAUUCUGGGUCAAGGUCAAUGUCCCACAAGGCACUGAGAACGGGAUAUUUCUGGCCUAACAUGGGAAAGAUGGAGGAAAAACCGUUCGCGCAGUGGGGACCAGACCUAGUCGGGAAGCUCCCCACAGCUCCCGGGCAGUUCAAAUAUGUCAUCGUGGAGGUGGAUUACUACACAAAAUGGGUUGAAGCAGAACUGUUAAGUCGAAUAACCAUCGACAGUGUCCCGGAGACAAUCGUCACCCACAACGGCACCCAGUUCAACAACCCAAAUCUCAUACAAUUCACUGAGGACAUGGGGACCCAGAUGGUGUUCGCAUCGGUGGCUCACCCAAAGACCAACGGGCAAAUAGAGGCAGUCAACAAGAUCAUCAAAAAAUUGCUAAAGAAGAAGUUGGACGAUGCCAAAGGGUUAUGGGCAUAG